CUCGUUUCCUCUCUUCCGCCGUCUCUACAUCGGCGAUUAUUUAUUAGUAUUUCUUAAUAUUUUUUUUUAUUUUCUCUCUCUUUAAUGCAAGCCAACCGGAGAUCGGUAACAAACUAACAGUUUCUUGCUCAGAUCCGGUUCGUGCAUUUAUGGUCCUCCAAAGUUUCUCGUGAUUUGCGAACAUUCCACAUUUCCUGUUGGUGCGGUGAUGCUCGUUUGUGUCUCUGGAGUUCUUGUGUGAAGAAGGAUUCGAGAGAUGUCUGGACCUCUGGAUCGAUUCGCGAGACCUUGCUUUGAGGGAUUCUCUGGUCAUGAUGAGAGAAGAGAAAGAAAGUCUGAUUUUGAAAACUCGGAAGACGAAAGGAGGACAAGAAUUGGGUCUCUGAAAAAGAAAGCUAUAAACGCAUCUACCAAAUUUAAACAUUCUCUCAAGAAAAAGAGCAGUAGAAGAAAAAGUGAUGGUCGAGUCAGCUCUGUAUCAAUUGAGGAUGUUAGGGAUGUCGAAGAACUAGAGGCUGUUGAUGCUUUUCGACAAGCAUUGAUUUUAGAUGAACUGUUACCUACAAAACAUGAUGAUUAUCAUAUGAUGUUAAGGUUCUUGAAAGCAAGGAAGUUUGAUAUUGAGAAAGCAAAGCACAUGUGGGCUGAUAUGAUUCAGUGGAGGAAGGAUUUUGGUGCUGACACAAUUUUGGAGGAUUUUGAGUUCAAAGAGUUGAAUGAGGUGUUGAAACACUAUCCUCAUGGUCAUCAUGGUGUGGAUAAGGAGGGAAGACCUGUUUACAUUGAAAGACUAGGAAAAGUUGAUCCUUACAAACUUAUGCAAGUUACAACUAUGGAUCGGUAUGUUAAAUACCAUGUGCAGGAGUUCGAGAAAAGCUUUGCCCUAAAGUUUCCAGCCUGUACUAUUGCUGCAAAGAGGCACAUAGAUUCCAGCACAACUAUUUUGGAUGUUCAAGGCGUGGGUUUUAAGAACCUAACAAAGGCUGCACGGGAGCUCAUUAUGCGGCUGCAGAAGAUUGAUGGGGAUAAUUACCCUGAGACUCUCUGCCAAAUGUUUAUUAUCAAUGCUGGUCCUGGCUUUAGGCUGCUCUGGAACACCGUAAAGACUUUUCUAGAUCCCAAAACAACUUCCAAGAUUCAUGUACUUGGAAACAAAUACCAGAACAAGUUGCUGGAGAUUAUUGAUGCCAGUGAGUUGCCAGAAUUUCUUGGUGGUACCUGUAUGUGUGCAGAUCAGGGAGGUUGCCUCCGGUCUGAUAAGGGACCAUGGAAUAACCCAGAUAUAUUGAAGAUGAUGCAUAAUGGUGAUGCACGACGUGCUAGACAGGUUGUAAAAGUUUUAAACAGUGAGGGGAAGGUAAUUGCAUAUGCUAAGCCACAGUACCCAAUGCAGAUGAAAGGUAGUGAUACAUCGACAGCAGAAUCAGGAUCUGAAGCUGAAGAUAUUGCUUCCCCAAAAAUGACUAAGAGUUAUUCACAACUGCGGUUGACCCCUGUCCGUGAAGAAGCUAAGGUAGUUGGAAAGGUAAGCUACGCUGGUAGCUUCGGGGGGUAUGAUGAAUAUGUUCCCAUGGUCGACAAAGCUGUUGAUGCAGGUUGGAAGAAGCAAGCUGCUCUUCAAAGGCCUUCCUCAUCCAAAGGAACACUCCCCCUACUCGGUACUCAAAAGUCUCCAGAAGGAAUUCAUACUAGGAUUCUGUCAGCAUUACUGGCAUUCUUCAUGACCCUUUUCACACUCUUCUAUACUGUGGCCUUGCGUGUAACCCACAAGCUUCCUGAUAGAGUGGAUCAUGAUGAAAAUAUCCCUCAACUCGCCCCUGAUGCUAUACACAAAGAGGAUUUCCGCCCCCCUUCACCGAUUCCUGCAUUUACAGAGGCAGAUCUCCUCUCCUCUGUUUUGAAAAAAUUGAGUGAGCUUGAGGAAAAGGUUGAUACGCUUCAAGCAAAACCAUCAGAGAUGCCUUAUGAGAAAGAGGAAUUGCUGAAUGCUGCUGUAUGCCGUGUUGAUGCCCUAGAAGCUGAGUUAAUUGCUACCAAAAAGGCCCUGCAUGAAGCUCUAUUGAGGCAGGAGGAAUUGCUUGCUUACAUAGACAGUCAGGAAGAAGCUAAGUUUCGGAAGAAGAAGUUUUGCUGGUGAAGUGAAGGACACUACACAGGAGGCAUUUAGCUAUUACUUACAUUUGUGGUUUGGAUACACAUUUAACAGAUGUUUUUCAGAGGCUUUUCUGAUUGUAACAAGGUGACUUUGUGUCUAUUGAGUAGUAAUGCAGAACCCCAUUGUGAGAAAAUACAUUUGCUACCUCUCUUGCUGCUAUGGUUUGUAUCUAUUUAUGGGUGUGGUUUGGUUUGCUACAACUUUGAUCCCUUUUCAAUGUCCAGUGGGGAUUUCUACAUACUGUUCAAUCUUCCUCGAUCAUUUUCUAGUUUGAGAAACCAGUUUGAUACCA